GGAAGUUGCGUUCUGUCCUAGAAGCGAUGAUGAGUUUCGAGUGGCCCUGGCAGUACAGCUUCCCGCCCUUCUUCACACUGCAGCCCAAUGUGGACACAAGGCAGAAACAGCUGACCGCUUGGUGUUCCUUAGUGCUUUCCUACUGCCGCCUCAACAAACUUUACACUAUGACUGUUCUAGAGGCUCAAGAGAGCCCACUGUUCAACAACUGGAAACUGCAACGAAAGCUCCCAUUGGAUUCCAUCCUUGUUGUGUUAGAGGAGCUCAGGAAAAAAGGAAAUCUUGAGUGGCUUGACAAGAACAAAUCUAGCUUCCUGAUCAUGUGGCGACGUCCAGAAGAAUGGGGCAAACUCAUCUAUCAGUGGGUGUCGAAAAACGGGAUGACCAAUUCAGUUUUCACACUGUAUGAGCUAUCCAAUGGAGAGGAUACAGAGAACGAAGAGUUCCAUGGUUUGGAAGAAUCCAUGCUACUCCGUGCCCUGCAGGCUCUGCAGCAAGAACACAAGGCUGAAAUCAUCAUCCUGGAUGAUGGGCGAGGUGUCAAGUUCUUCUAGUGAAGCUUCUGCUCUGACUUUCUGGUCUGACUGACUGAACAAAACCACUUUGGCAGUUGAAGGGCUUUGCUAAGCUGUGGUUUCCUUGCAUUGAAGGCAGAAAGAGCAAAAUGUUGACGUGGUGGUUCAGCGCCUGACUGUGGGGUUUCUCUCUGCUGCUUCUGUCUCUUUGAGCUGUUGAUGAUGCUUCAACUAAAUUUAUUGGGGAGCCAUAGUGUUUACUGGACUCAGCUGAUCUGAACGAAAUUUUGACCUCCCAAGUUUAGGUACACCAUAGACCCUUCUGUAUUGUUUGCAGCUAUGAGCCUCGGUUUUGAGAUUAAAAAAUACAGCCAGGUAGGAGGCCAUACAAACUGUGCUAUCCACAGCAGGAUUAAGGACUUUGAACAAAAUUAAACUACAAAUUAUUUACAAGAACA